UUGGUAGCUGCCGUGGAAGCUGUUGCCGACUCCAGCAGCGCAAUUACUGAUGAACAGGUCUUUGACAUCUAUAGGUGUCUACUCAAACACGCAGACGCGGUAUCUGGGUCCGUUAUGAGCAAGCUUCUCGACUCCAUUUCCUCUGGCCUCUUGGCGGAAUUAGAGGCCACUAUGCGUGAUGUGGAGUUGGGGGAUCAGCAGUCGUACAUGGCGCAUAAAACGCCGUUGGAAUUGUACGCGUUUUUGCUGCAAUGGUUCGUUACGGCGGCUGAGAAGGUCAAGGCCACUGAGGAUGGUGAUGCGCCACCGCCAGCAGCGGCUACCAAGGGCAGGAGAGGGAGGGGAGGGAAGGCUGGAGCGGGGAGAGGGGCAGGUCGUGGAGCUGCGAGCAAGAAGAAUGAGGCGUGGACUUGGCAGGACCAGAUCCCUGCGACACUUGGGCUGAUUGUCAAAGUUCUGCGUCUUCAGACGCAACGUAUUUGGACGACGACUGCUGAAAAGGAAGACUUUAUCAAAACUAUCACAAGACCCGCAUAUCACGUCGCUGAAAACGAACAAUACAUGAAAAAGUCAGAUAUCAAGCUCUGGGUCUACAAAGUCAUCUGUCUCUCCGUGAAACACCAUGGUCAAUCUUUUGCUGUCCACAUCAACAUCAUCCAAUUUCUUACCUUCUUCGAACACCUAUCCGAGCCCAUGGCAGAGUGCCUCACCGUCCUCGCUGGGGAGUACGACCAUGCCCAAGUCGGGGACGAAAUCCUCCGCGAUAUCGCGGGCAAGACUUUCAACGCGCAAGAUAGCAAAGGCCCUCGUGCAUUCGCGAGGUUCCUCGUCAAAUUCGCAGAGCUCGCUCCGCGCGCAAUACUCAAACAGCUUAGUCUCCUUCUAGACCAGCUGGAUUCCGAGUCAUACCCAAUGCGCCAAGCCCUAGUCGAAGUCAUCGGCUCCAUCAUCACCGAGCUCUCAAACACAAGCACCGACAACGACAACUCCAAAACCGCCCAAAAGCAAAUAAGCGGGCUCUUCGACCUGCUCCUCGAACGCACGCUCGACAUCUCCUCAUACGUGCGCACGAAGCUCCUCCAAGUUCUCGCAAAGAUGUGCGAUUUGAAGCCCAAGUUUCCUAAACAGCGCUUGGCGAUUACCGGUGCUGCCAUUGCUGCGCUGGCGGAUAAGGGCGCGACGGUGAGGAAGACGGCUGCGGCGCUUUUGGUGAAGUUGUUGGAGACCCAUCCGUAUCGCACGCAUGGGGGUAUGUUGCAGCUUGAUGUGUGGCAGGCGGAGUAUCAGGAUGUUUGUAAGGAGUUGGAGAAGGUUGAGGGGAAGAUUGGGAAUGCGGUUGAGAAGCCGGAGGGUGAGGAAGAAGAGGAAGAAGAGGAGGACGAAGAGGAGGAGGGUGAAGGUGAGGAGGGUGAAUCUAGAAGGAAGAAGAAGAACGACGAAGACGAGGGCGAGGACGACGCAAAAAUGGCCGUGGACGAAGACGACGAAAACGCCACGCCCAAGGAAAAGCCCAAGAAGGAAAAGAAACACCCAAAGCUCAAACCCCGCAAGUCUCAAUUGAACGUGGCUGCCGUCACCGAGGAACAAGCUGUCCUGGCCGGGUUGGAGGGUCAAGAGCUCCAGCUGAUGAAGUUGCGCAAGAAAUAUUUCGUCGAGGGAUUGGCGUUUAUUCGUCAGAUUGAGAGUGCGAUGGAGCCGAUGGGGUUGCUUUUAGGAUCGAAGAAUAAGCUGGAGGUUGCUGAGGCUAUCGAGUUCUUCAAGGUUGCACAUGAUUAUGAGUUUGAGAGCGCCAAGGUCGGGAUUCGGAAGAUGCUGCAUUUGAUAUGGGUAAAGGAUAACAACAAUUCUGGAACCGCGGAGGAGGCGAAGGAGGGUAAAGGCGUUCGGCAGAAGCUGCUUGACUGUUAUCGCGGAUUGUACUUUGAAGCUAUCGAGGGUCUGCAGCCGAAAGAGCAAGUCAGCCGUAUCGCGAAGAAUCUGGUAGAGCGAACAUACGAGACCACGUUGGCUGAACUGACAAGUCUUGAGGAGAUGAUGCGCAUUAUGAGCGAAGAAGAGCAGAUUCAUCAAGAUGUCAUUUCCAAGCUUUGGCAGAUUUAUAGUUCUAAACAAAACAUUCCGAGCCAGCAGCGCCGCGGAGCCAUCAUCGUCUUGGGCAUGCUUGCCUUGGGAAGACGCAGCGUGCUGAGUGAUCGUGUUGACACCCUACUCAAAGUGGGUUUGGGACCGUUGGGCAAGGCUGAUCUCACCUUGGCUCGAUACACCUGCGUGGCUUUGCAGCGAUUGAACGGGAGUGCCAAGAAGGUCAAAGGUUCCCUUCUUGACAAAACCAUGCGCAUCGAGAUGACCAAUCCCAUCUUCCGCAAACUCCAAGAUGCCGUCAACCACCCCUGUCGAUCUCGAGAAUGGUUUGGGUUCGCCGAGCAGGUCAUCAACACCGUAUAUGCGCUUGGCGAGCAUCCAGACGUGUUCUGCAAUGAGCUCAUCAAGAAAUUCACCAUCAAAGCUUUCACCCCUCGUGCUCCUAAACCUGCUGCGCCCAAAACCAAUAACGAGACGCCAGAGACGGACCCUGACGCUAUGGCUGAAGAUCAUCCAGGAGACGUUACCCAAAACUCUCUGUACACGGCCACGCAGGUCUCGACUCACGGAACGCAGCAGGACGAUAAGGAGAAGGAUGUCGGCGACGCGUUUGAGCUGAGCCAGCUUCUUUUCAUUGUGGGACAUGUGGCUAUCAAACAAAUUGUCUUUCUGGAGCUUGUUGAGCGGGAGUGGAAGCGCCAGAAGGACGAAAAACAAGCUGCCGAAAAGUUGGCAGCCAAGGCGAAAGGCACUGAUAAAGCCUCCAAGGAUGGCGAGGAGCUUGAUCAAGUUGCUGGUAACGCAGAGGACGAGAUUGGAGACCGCGUCGCAGGUGUUCGUGAAACGGAGAUGCUCUACGGGACUGACUCCCUUUUGGCGAUGUACGGUCCCAUGGUCGUCCAUAUUUGUGGUAGCCCCCACAAAUUCAAGAGCCCGACACUGCGAGCGGCUGCAACGCUAUCAUUCAGCAAGUUCCUUUGCGUCAGUUCGCAGUUCUGCGACCAGAACCACCGGCUAUUAUUCAAGAUCCUCGAGACGUCCAAAGACGCUAACAUCCGGAGUAACAUCGUCAUCGCGUUGGGCGAUGUCGCCGUGUCCUUUAGCAACAUCAUCGACGAGAACAGUAACGAGCUGUACAAGGGCCUUUCGGACGGCAGCAUCAUUGUCAAGAAGAAUACGCUUAUGGUCUUGACGCAUUUGAUUCUGAAUGGGAUGAUCAAAGUGAAAGGCCAGCUUGGUGAAAUGGCCAAGUGCGUUGAAGAUGAAGAUGCACGUAUUGCGGAUCUUGCGAAGCUGUUCUUUAGCGAGUUGUCUACGAAGGAGAACGCAAUCUACAAUAACCUUCCUGAUGUAAUCAGCCAUUUGUCCAGUGGCGAUCAUGCCGUCGAUGAAAAGACUUUCAGGAGUACACUCCAAUAUAUCUUUACCUUUAUCGAAAAGGAAAAACAAGCAGAGAACAUCGUCGAGAAGCUAUGCCAGCGUUUCAGGCUCAGCGAAGAUCCACGUCAAUGGCGCGAUAUCGCUUUCUGUCUUUCCCUCCUCCCAUUCAAAUCGGAGCGAUCAGUCAAGAAGCUGAUCGAGGGCUUCCAGUUCUACCGGGAUAAAUUACACGAACCUCAGGUGUAUGAAAAGUUUACGGAGAUUCUGGCAAAAGCACGUUCUAAUAAAUCCAAGGACAAGCCGGAUAAUGAGCUCAAUGAGUUCGAGCAUCUUCUGGAGGAACACAAGAACCAGGGAGAGGAAGACCAAGCUCUCGAAAAGCGUGUAGAGAAGAAGGCAGCGAAGAAACGGGCUUCAAAGCGA